AUGUAUUUGCUUACAAUGUAUUUUUCCAAUCGCUUUUUUUUCUUGCUGCUCAUUUGGGGCUUGGAUGCCUAUGGAAGAAGGAUAAUGUUAAAAAAUAAAGUAGACGAGCAUUGCUUCCAGUUGAUUAAUGACACAGAUCAAGCAAAAAGAAGUAGUAGUCGAUCAUGUUUCGUAGCUUUAAGUACACACCUCUUCAUUAUACUUGAUUGCUUCUGUGUCCACUUUUCCGGUAACCAAAAUUUCAGCAUUGGUAUCAACUCUGUUCGAUGGAGAGACAUUGUAAGCAUUUGGAGAGCGGCUCAACUAUUCCUGUACAAAGAUCAAUAG